AUGUUGUGGUCUGAAGGAGUCCAAAUGAGAGAUGCGUCAACCAACACCGUAUUCAACAUGCGUGCGAUGUUGUUAUGGACUAUCAAUGAUUUUCCAGCGCGUGGAAGUUUGCCUGGAUGGAGCGGUCAAGGUUAUUUAGCAUGCCCUACUUGUAACGCAGACACAUCUUCAAUUCAUUUCACCAACAAGAUGUCUUAUGUUGGUCAUAGACGAUUCUUGCAUAUGAACCAUAAGUGGAGGCAAAGUUUAUUGUUUAAUGGUCAACCUGAGAGAAGGCUACAUCCAAGACGAUUUAGCAAUACAACUAUAUUAAAGCAAUUGGCUUGUCUCCCUGAUCGUAUUCCAGGGAAACAUCCUGAGCAUGGGGGUGCAACAAGAAAGCACAAUGAUGAAACAAGAAAAAAAGAGUUGAAUUGGAUGAAACGUAGUAUCUUUUUUGAGCUUGAGUAUUGGUCUUCCCUCGAGCUAAAACACAAUAUAUAUUUUAUGCAUGUGGUGAAAAAUGUGGAUGAGAGUUUUGUAAAUACUGCAUUGAUGAAUGAAAAAACCAAAGACAAAAAAGAGGCAAGAGAAGACUUGAAAAAUAUGGGCAUUCGGCCACAUCAGUGGCCAAAAGAGAAAGUCAACAAGAGGAAGAAAGUCAAUAAUAAUAAGGAAGACAACAAGAAGAAAAUAAUACUAUCACAUGCUGAUUACUCUUUUAAACCAAUUGAUCGACAACGAUUCUGUCAAUUCAUUAAAGGAGUGAGGCUACCUGAUGGUUUUGGAUCGAACUUUAAUAAGAAGGUGAAUGAUACAGCAUCAAAUUUGGUUGGGCUAAAGUCUCACGAUCAUCACAUCCUCAUGCAACGAUUGCUGCCUAUAGGGGCUCAAGCAUUUCUCCCAGAAAAUGUUUCAACAACAAUCAUUGACUUGUGUACAUUCUUCAAAAAAAUUUAUGCAUGGUCAUUAGCUGUUAACGACAUGAGAAAUGCCAGAAAAGAAGUGGUGAAGAUUUUAUGCAAUCUUGAGUUGAUAUAUCCUCCAGCAUUUUUUGACAUCAUGAUUCAUCUUAUUCUUCAUUUACCUGAAGAAGCCAUUCUUGGAGGGCAUGUACACAUGAGAUGGAUGUAUCCUUUUGAAAGAUACAUGAAAAAACUUAAAAAUUAUGUCAGAAACAAAGCCAAGCCAAAAGGCUCAAUAGCAGAGGGUUAUGUUGUAGACGAAGCUUUGACAUUCUGCUCUAUGUAUCUUGAGGGUAUGCAAACCAAAUUCAAUCAUGUUGAUAGAAAUGAGGAUCCUGGCCUACCAAAAAGCGAAUUCAAAUCAGAAUCGCCUGAAAGUGAUUUGAAAACAGAAUUUUCUCCAUGGUUCAAAAGAAAGAUUUAUCGCCUCGAAAGAGAAUCACCUUCGGAUUGUACUAACGAAUUAAAGGCGUUGGCACAUGGUCCGUUAGAUGCAACUUCUUACACUGCUUGCAUAGUAAAUGGUGUUCGAUUUGUUGUACUUAGCCAUGAUCUCCAACGUACUACUCAAAAUAGUGGCAUUCUUACAUUAGGAGUAGACGGUACACCAUUCUAUGGUUAA